CUAAUUUUAUUCCGUCUUUUGACAUUGAUUUGUUUACAUCCCAUUAGCAUGAACUGAUGUAUUUGACUUAAGUUUAAGGUCUUUCAUCAAGCAAUGCAUAUAUUUUUGCAUAUUUCUUGAUUAGUUCGACACACAGUCCAAAUUCACGCGAUCCGUCCUCGACCGCAAAGGAAAAGUGUACACUUCCGGGUAUAAACAUAAGUGUUGGGGAAAAUGGCAACGGAGGCUCUGAGGAUUGAUGGAAGUCAAGACACGGUGGAUGCGCUGAGCGCAGAGGCCGCCAACCUCAAGAAGAAGCUGGAGGAGGAGAAAGCUAAGCUGGCAGACAUGGACAUGGGUGAAGUUACAAAGAAGAUAGAAAACAUGACACAAUUCAACAUGAAAGCCAGAAAAGUGUUAAAGGGACACCAUGGGAAGGUUUUAUGUAUGGAUUGGUCUAAAGAUAAACGUCAUAUUGUCAGUUCAUCUCAGGAUGGAAAGAUGCUAGUGUGGGAUGCAUUUACAACAAACAAGGAACAUGCUGUAACCAUGCCAACAACAUGGGUGAUGGCUUGCUCAUACGGACCAACUGGAGAUGUGGUGGCUUGUGGAGGCCUGGACAAUAAAUGCACGAUUUAUCCACUGUGUUUGGAUGAUGACCCAGCGACUAAGAAACGAGCAGUGGCUACCCAUACUAGUUACCUGUCCUGUUGUACCUUCACCACCUCAGACAAACAGAUAUUAACAGGAAGUGGUGACAGUACUUGUGCAUUAUGGGAUGUGGAGAGUGGCCAGUUAAUACAGAGUUUCCAUGGCCACGCUGGUGAUGUCAUGAGCAUUGACCUCUCACCUUCAGAGACAGGAAACAUGUUUGUGUCAGGGGGUUGUGACAAAGUGGCCAAUGUCUGGGACAUGAGAACAGGAGAAUGUGUACAGAUGUUUGAGGGCCAUGAUUCCGACAUCAACAGCGUCAGGUUCUAUCCAAGCGGGGAUGCUUUUGCCACAGGAUCUGAUGAUGCCACAUGCAGGUUGUUUGACCUUCGGGCGGAUAGAGAGGUCAACUGUUACAAGAAGGAGAGUCUUAUAUUUGGCUGUAACUCCGUAGAUUUCUCUGUCAGUGGACGUCUUCUGUUUGGUGGCUACAACGACUACACCGUCAACAUCUGGGACGUGCUGAAGGGCCACCGCGUCUCUAUACUGUACGCCCACGAGAACCGGGUCAGCUGUCUAGGCGUGUCCCCCGAUGGUACCGCUCUCUGUACAGGAAGCUGGGACUACACACUAAAGAUUUGGGCAUAACGAAUAUCUUUCAUUAAGUGAAAUCCUGAACUAGUUCGGUAGAAAUCCUUCACCUGUCUCAAGCAGAGGGCACAUGCACUCUCUAUCAUGGAGUGAUUAUUAAACUGUGUGAAAUGAAGUACAAGUACUGUUUUAUGAAAUUUAGUUGUAGAUUUUUACUUUUGUGUAAUAGGAUGCACCAUUUAUAGUUGUUGAAAAAACAAGUUGUACUAUAUAUUGUAUAUUACACUGAAUAACUGAGAGGAGAUAGUGAAUAUAUGACAGAAAUUUGUUGUGUAUGAGAGAAUUCUAGACUUGUGUAGAGAAGAGGAAUCCAUGAAUUUUCUCUUUCUUCUUGUCCAGCAGACAAUUACUUUACUACAUUGUUUCUUUUUGGAUCUGGUAAUGAAAUCCAGGCUCAGCUUAUAAAUGUCAAACAACCUCUGAUAUAUACAGUUUAUAUGAAAGAGGAACACUAAAAAUUUGACCAAAUACCUGUCUGUUUCCUGCAAGUUUUAUUUGUGGGGUAUUUGUCUAUUCUUAUGUCUAUUCUUCUGUUUAUUAUGACCAAAAUUAUGUAAAAGAGAGACAUGAAGAAACAAUCUCUUUGGGAGUAUGGGUGAUUAACAGGGUUAACUUUAUUUACUGGUAUCUUCUUGUUCGAUAAGUGCGGCACAUGUAUAUGGAUGGAGGAAUGAAUUUUUUGCUGCAUUUAGUUGAUCUGUCUUUAGUCAUGCCAUUAAUAUGCAUGAUAGCUGUUCAAGUCUUUUAUUAUUUAAUUUUUUCCUUGGGUAUACAUGUAUAUACACAGCUCUUUCAGUUAAACAUUUAGAUUGAAUUACAGUUACUGUUAAAAUUUAGAAGGAAAAAGAACUCACAAAAAUGUUCUGACUUCCCCAGCUCUCCUUGACCCUCCAGCCUCCCAACUUCUACAUCGACUCAUUUCUUUAUAUCAAAAUCCAUGUAGAAUUAAGUUUUUACAACUAAAUUACAUGUAUCUAAUUAACUUAAGUCAUAAAUCCACUUUAUAUUUUACAGAUUGUUAUUUUAAUUUAGCAUAGUAGCCUUUGUUAAUUCUUUGCACAUUUUACUAGAUCUUUUAAUUUUGUUAUUUUUUUUACGGUGCUAUAUGUUUAUAGAUAUGUUAAUUACUUAUAUAUGUAUGUGUUCUAACCCUAGUCUUAUAAUUUUUUAAUACUAAUGUGCAAUAUACAAUUGAAAUGGUGUGCAUUAUAUUCAAUAUACAUGGGUUUUUGUAACCCAAAUUACACGUCAGUUUUAUUGAUAUUGUUGAGAUUAAAUGAAUUAUUAACUUUUGGUCAAGAUUGGCAAGAGGGAAAUAAUUUAGACUGUAAGUCCUGUAAUCAUGGUAUUAGAUAGGCUGACUCCUGCACUGUAACAAUUUUACAGCUAUUUAGCUGUUUAAUAUAUAAUUGUAACUUGUUAACAUUACAUAUACCUCUACUUUCAAACUUUUUGAAUUUUAAUUCAUAAAUCUAUUAACAGCUACAUGUAUUUGAAUUUGGAUUUAUAUCAAAAUUAAACAAUCAUUGAAUUUUGUAAAUGCUGAUAAAUAUAUGUUUAAUCAUUAAAUUUCUCCCUAAAUUGUUCUAGGUAAUAAAAUGCAUGUAUAUAUUUGUUUCUUUUAUAAUUGUGCCCCCAUUAUGAGCUAAAUUUUAAUAUUUAAGAUUCUAUUAAUGAAAUCUAUGAUUUUUAAGGAUGAUGUUUUAACCUUUUUUCAUGUAGGAAAAUUGCACAAAAAUUUAUAUGCCUACAAGUUAUUAUCGAUCCAUUGAAAUCUGUUACAUUAUAUUGCCAUGGGGUUAAGUUGUUGAAAUGUACUUAUAUCUGUGUAUUGGUUAUGACUUCAUUGUUAGCGAAAACAAUCUCUAAUAAAUGUAUGGUUAAAAUGUA